AUGGCUCGGCAAUCGGACUUCCCUCCCCGCUGGGUGGCCAAAGCCCUGAAGACGCUUUUCGCAUGCGCCCACUACGCCGCCGCGGCAGCCGCCGGCUAUGCCGCCUAUGUGGCAGCGGCCCGCCUGCGCGGCCUCCACUCUGCCGGCCAGCUGCUGCCGCCGCUGGUGGCGGCGUUUGAGGCGCGGCACACACUAGCCGGGGGCCACCUGGCGGCGGCGGCCGCGGCGGCGGCGGCGCUCUGGGCCCUGGCCGCGCUGCUGUGGCGGCGGCGCGCCAAGCAGCCCAUCUACCUUCUGGAUUUCGAGUGCUACCGGCCAGAGCAAGAGUGCAUGGUGUCAUACAACAAGUUCGUGACGGGCAGCCGCAACGCAGGGUUCUUCGACGACGCCGCCAUGGACUUCCAGACCCGCAUCCUGCACAAGUCGGGACUCAGCGAGGAGACCUUCUUCCCGCCCGGCCUCCACCUGGAGCCGCCGGAGUUUGACAUGAACCGCGCCCGGCAGGAGGCGGAGAUUGUGAUGUUCAACUCGGUGGCGGAUGUGCUGCGCAAGACGGGCCUCACUCCCCGCCAGAUCGACGUGCUGGCCGCCAUCGUGCUGACCAACAAGCGCAGCGAGCGGCGGCGCAGCAAGUACGAGCUGCAGCAUGUGGUGAGGGUGCACAUGGGCGCCGACGACGCCGCGUGCGUGUUCCAGCGCCCCGACCACGCCAACUGCAUCGGGGUGGAGCUGUCCAAGGACCUGGUGUCUGUGGCGGGGCGGGCCAUGGAAAUCAACAUGACGCGGCUGGGGCCACUGGUGCUGCCCUGGCCAGAGAAGCUCAUGUUUGCCGCCAACUGGGUGGCCCGCCAUGUGCUGAGGCUGCGCGUCCCCAAGUACAUCCCCGACUUCCGGGAGGCCUUUGACCACUUCUGCCUGCACGCGGGUGGGUACGGCAACACCAGCAGCAGUACCGUGUGGUACAGCUUCGGCUUCGUGGAGAGUGUGCAGGGCGUGCGGCGCGGCGACAUUGUGUGGCAGAUCGGCUUUGGCAGCGGCUUCAAGUGCAACAGCGUGGUGUGGCGCGCGCUGCAGCCCAUCAAGGCCAUGCACCGGGUGGGUGGGCGGAGUUUCAAAGAACCGUUUCUGUGA